UUCGUGAAAUCAAAAGAAAGUGUGCCUCACGUCGACGACUUUUUUUUGGCUACCUGUUGCGUGCGCUCCUCUAAUGAAUUGUAGCUUAUGAACUGGGAUGACUGGUCCGUAAAGCAAUAUAAAAUUUCUAUACCCCUUUUUUUGGGGAUAGAAACUGAAACCAUGUCUGUGCGUAUCCUAGUUGUCCUUGUGCUGCAUGUAUUUCUUCCAUCACAAGCCCUCACAAGUUUCCGCUUCAACAAAUUCGAUGCCUCCACCCUUUACCAGGUCGAAAUUGCUUCAAUCCGUUCUAGUGCCAUCUGCCUCACCAAUCAAUCACAACACGUCUCUGGCCGUGCCUUAUAUACUCAGCCCGUGCGGAUGAAACAUCCCAACUCCAGGAAUACGAGCUCAUCAUUCAGCACCACCUUCGUAUUCGCUAUGGUUCCUUCUUCCUCUGAUCCUCAACGCAGCGGGCACGGGAUGGCCUUUAUAAUCACACCCACCAAGUCUCCAGUGGAAGAGUCAUCGUCUCACUUCCUCGGUUUGUUGAACAGUUCCAGCACAGGGAAGCCUUACAAUCAUCUCUUUGCAGUCGAGUUCGACACAAUCCUCAACAAGGACUGCCAAGACAUCAACGACAAUCAUGUCGGCGUGGAUCUGAACGACCUCCACUCUGUUAAGGCUGAAACUGCCGGCUACAAGAUUGGCAACCAAUUCCACGAAUUAGAUCUCAACAGUGGACACAAUAUCCAGGCUUGGAUCGACUACGAUCAUACCCAACAUCAAUUGAAUGUUACAAUAGUACAAGCUGGUUCACUGCGACCCAAAGAGCCUCUUAUAUCUCUCAAAAUUACGACUCUGUCCAACAUUUUCGAAGAAGAAAUGUACGUUGGUUUCUCUGCAUCAACAGGAACUGUCGUUGAAGACCAUUGUGUCCUCGCUUGGAGCUUCAGCACAAAUGGAUCCGCGCCUGCGCUGGAUAUAUCUAAUCUUCCUUCUCUUCUCAUGCACAAGAGUUCCAACUCUAGACUUAUAGUCGCUACAACUACAGCUCCGAUACUUGUCUUGUUGCUUCUGGUUGCUGCUGCGGUUUUUUGGUGGAAGAGAAAUAAGUACAGAGAUGAUAUAGAAGAUUGGGAGAUGGAGUAUUGGCCUCACAGGUUUAACUACAAAGACUUGCAUAUUGCAACCAAAGGCUUCCGAGACGAACAAGUUUUGGGCUGUGGGGGUUUCGGUCGGGUGUACAAAGGAGUCCUCCCCGAUAACGGCCUUGAAGUUGCUGUAAAAUCCAUCUUGAAAGAAACCAACGAAGCCCUGAGGGAAUUCAUUGCAGAGAUUUCAAGUCUUGGGCGUUUACAGCACCGGAAUCUUGUACAGAUCAGAGGCUAUUGCCGGAGGGGAGCAAAGUUAUUCAUAGUUUAUGACUACAUGUCAAAUGGAAGCCUAGACAAGAUGAUAUUUGGGAAGACAGAGAGCGUGCUGAGAUGGGCUCAGAGGUACAGAAUCCUGAAGGACGUGGGUGCAGGAUUGCUGUAUCUUCACGAAGAGUGGGAGAAAAGGGUAGUGCACAGAGACAUCAAAUCCAGCAAUGUUUUGUUGGAUUCUGAACUCAAUGCAAAGCUGGGAGACUUCGGACUUGCUCGUCUGUACGAGCAUACAGGAGACCCACAAACUACUCGUGUGGUGGGUACGCUAGGAUACAUAGCACCAGAGCUUGUACACACAGGAAAGGCCGGUCCUAGCGCAGAUGUGUUCAGCUUUGGUAUUUUAAUGUUGGAGGUUGCCUGCGGGAGGAGGCCUGUGGAUCGCUCACUCGAUGCUUCCCAGAUAGUAAUGGUGGAUUGGGUAAGAGAGCUGCAUGCGAAAGGCAGGCUGAUGGAUGCAGCAGAUCCCAAUCUUGGUGGUGAAUAUGUUGAAGAUGAGAUGGAGAAAGUGCUGAAAUUAGGACUGCUGUGCUGCAAUCCUAAGCCGGAGGCGAGACCUGCAAUCAGACAGGUAUUGCAGAUAAUUGAAGGGGAAGCGUCCGUUCCCAGUUUAGUUCCUUAUGAGGCGAGUGAAGGUAACAGUAGUUCAACUCCAGACACAGUAGCAUCUUUUGCAUCGACUUCCAACUCUCUAGAGGGACGGUAGUGGAGAGUCUUUUCUGUGCGGACUUGUUGACCACAGGAUCCCACUACUAAUUGAUGGAACAUUUAGUCCGGUAUAAUUUGUUCUAUUCUAAUCAUUUUACCCAUAGCCCCGUACCCGUGUAGUAUGUAUAUACCGUAAAAUGUGGCUGAUAUCUAUUCAAAAUAGGGUCCAGUAUCUGAUCUUCCUGGUUGCAGAUAUAAUUUCUCUGGUUCCGCAAACUCAAGAAAAAGGCUGAGUUUCAUUGAUGAAAAUGGGAUAAUUAUGUGAUUCAAUGAAAACACGGGAAGGAGGACCUGCGUGCCUUAAAGGGAUUGAAAUUCCUUGUAUAGAAAGUAUGUAGAGGUACGAAAAAGAAAAAGCUUUAUAUAUAUGAAUGAAAUGUAAAGAGUUCAAUCAAUAUGUGAAUAGAUUGAGGGUUUACACUUA